ACAAAGCUCCUCAAGAAAGGAGCCAAAGUUGAUUCGACAGAUAAUGAACAGCGUAAACCUCUUCAUUUGGCUGUUAUGAAUGGUCGUAAGACUGUCGUUGAUUUUCUCAUCAUGAAUGGAGCCAAUGUUAAUUCUGAAGAUCGCAUUCAUCAGACACCUCUCCAUUUAGCUACUGAGAAAAAUCACAUGGAGGUUGUCGAAUUGCUCAUCGCAAAAAAAGCUAGAGUUAAUUCUGUAGACAUUCACGGGCGGACACCUCUUCAUUAUGCUGCUAAGAAUGGCAACUUACAGAUCGUUAAAAUCCUUGUGAACAAUGGAGCCUUUCUUACUAUUAAAGAUUAUCAAAAUCAGACACCUUGUCAGAUUGCCUCAAAUGUAUUAUAUAAUUCAUAUAACAAGGCGGUGGAUGACUAUCUUAAGGAGGUUGAAGAAAAAUUACGCCGUGGACACCAGUGAAAUCAAUUGAAAAAUCAUAUUUUUUCCUUUGAGUUCCGUA